AUGGAUGCCGAUCCGCGAGCUCCCCGACGUCACACCGCGCCCUCGCAGUCUUCAUCCACACCCACCUCCGACCUGAGCAUCCAACAAACUCACACUACUUACUACUACGACGACAGCCCGAACCCGCAGUCUCCACACUCCGCAACCCUUGGCGGCGGUCCCCACGAUGACGAUAGUACCCGGGACCGUGACCAGGACCACAGAAUCGGGACCGGGGCCGGGACCGGCAUUGGAGUCGGCGCCGGUACAUAUACCGAAUCCACUGUCGUGACAGACGCUCACAAUCAUAAUAACAACCCCAAUGACCCCCUAGCUGACUUGAAGCGCCCGCGCGCCUGCGAGGCCUGUCGACAGCUCAAGGUGCGCUGCGACCCGCACCCUGACACCCCAGAUGGCCCGUGCAAGCGCUGUGCGAAGGCCAAUCGCCGCUGUGUCGUGACGGUGCCGACGCGAAAGAGGCAGAAGAAAGCUGAUAGUCGUGUUGCGGAGCUGGAGAGGAAGAUCGAUGCCCUGACAGCAAGCUUGCAGGCCACUAGAGCGAGGAAUGGGAGUAAUGCUGCUGGGAGCGGAGGGGUGGGGAGCCCUGUUUUACGAUCUGGGUCUGCGGCGGAGGAUCUCCCUGCUGCCCGGUGGAUGGGGGGCGUACAGCACCAUGGAAGUGAAAGUAGACGGGCGACUACUGGAGGCUCUAUGGCAGGGCUAGCUGGGAAUAAAAGGUAUGCUAGUGGGGAGUUUAAGUCUAGGUUCGGGAAUGCUGGGAUUCUUGUUCCGCUGGCUGCUCGACCCCAUAGUCCGACGACUGAGAGCACGUCGACAUUCUAUGAUGGGUCAAAUCACGGUGGCGACGGGAAUACCCCAGAUAACUGGCCUCCGAUAUUGCCAACCAUUGACAGAGCACUCAAGGCUCGCUACGAUUAUGAGUAUACAGAUGUCAUUGAUCGAGGGGUUGUGGAUACGGAGAUGGCUCUCAAGUGUUUCAACCGCUAUGUGAACGAUAUUGCACCGUUGCUUCCCUUCGUCGUCUUUCCCCCUGAAACCACCAUGGCCGAAGUUCGUCGGACGAAACCCAUCCUUCUUCUGGCUAUCCUAUCCAUAUCAAUCGGCAUAUUCAACGCGGACCUGCAGACUUCUCUGCUGAACGAGCUCUUCCGCCUCUUUGCAGACCAGGUAAUUGUCAAGGGUUCGAAGUCUCUCGAGUUGGUGCAGGCCAUUAUGCUCUCGAUGAUCUGGUAUACACCUCCGGACCAUUACGAGGAAAUGAAGUUCUUCCAGCUCAUACACAUCGCCGCGACGAUGGCGAUGGACCUAGGUAUGAACAGGAGAACCAAGUCGAAGGCGAAAUCGAAGUCUAUGGGCAUGUGGAGGGAAAUCAUGGGCAAGAAAGUUGUCAUGCUAGACCCCGAUGCACCGGAGACUCGGAGGGCAUGGCUCGGGUGCUAUUUUAUGUGUGUUAACGUUGCAAUGUCACUUUGA